UUUGACUCUCCUGCUCACAUUCGUCCAACUUAGCAUUAAAUUAUCCCCACUAAAGCAUUUAUUUCCCUUGGAGCCCCCAUCUACCUUCCAUCUGCCCAAAGAUUAUUAUAUUAAUAUUGUGUAGACACACACACAUGUUUUGGUGUAAAUCAUCAGUUGAUUAUUUUAUUUUUGAUUAUGGAUCUGUCAUCCACAUAGAAUCCUGUUUUGACAGUUCUUGGAAAACAAGGCAACUCAGAGACCCAUGCCCGCAAAUCCACUUUGUCUCCUAUCUUAUUAGCCAAGAAAUGAAUUCAUAGCUAUCUCUCACUGGUAUGUACUCUCACCCUUCUCCUUCUAUGCUCCAUUAAUGGCUUCCAUCAGUUGUUUCUGCAAUUGGGUCUCAGUUCAUGGCAUGAAACUUGCCCAUAUUCUGUUGAUUCUCUUCUUUUUGUCAUAAAUUCUUGUGGGUCUUUUCAAUUUGGUGUUUCUGGUCACUUUCAUGGACUUUGUGGGCUAAAUGCUGAGUGCCCAUGAAUUGUCAUUGGUAAUUGCUUUAUUUUCUUGUGUUAUUUGAACUGGGUCUUUGUUAUAUUUAUGGUGCUUUCAUUGACCUUUUGGGUGUGUCAAAAAGAUUUAGUAUUUGCAAUACCUGUGGUGGUCCAUCUUUACGUCGCGUUUUAUGCUGUCUCGUUUUCCAACUUCAACUUUUUGGUGCUAAGUUUUGUUAUGGAUUCAAUUGUUGAAUGACAUAGUUUGAAAUUGGUUAGUUCACAUUUAAAUAGUUAAAAAGGGCUGUUUUCUUUCACAUUUAAAUAGUUAAAAAGGGCUGUUUUCUUUCACAUUCAUCUUUCCAUAGCUCCUCUUACUUUUCAAAUCAUCCUCUUGUUCAUUUGAUUACUGAGUUCUGGCCUUGUUUGUGACCUUUGGUAUAGCUAAAUUCAGCUAAAUUUUACUUCUUGGUGAGAGAGAUCAUGGAAACUUUGGGCUUCUCUCAUUUUGUGGCCCUGUGUUUGUUUAUUCUCCUUCUGUCUGAAACUUCUAUGGCUAGUGUUCAAAACAUUGGCGAAAUGAGUACGGGGUUUCAAGGUUCUCAAAUGACUUGGAUAGAUAAUGAUGGAAAGUUUCUUGUAUCCAACAACUCCAAUUUUGCUUUCGGUUUCGCCACUACCCAAGAUGUCACUUUGUUUCUGCUUGAAAUAAUCCAUGAGCCCAGUUCUAGAGCAGUCUGGUGUGCAAAUAGAACCUUCCCAGUUGGAAACUCGGAUAACUUCGUGUUUGAUGACAACGGGAAUGCUUACUUGAAAAGUGGUGGAGACAUAAUUUGGUCUACCAAUACUGCUGGCAAAGGAGUUUCUGCGAUGGAGUUGCAGAAUUCGGGAAAUCUGGUUUUGCGUGGGAAUGACAAUAGCAUUAUUUGGCAGAGUUUUAGCCAUCCCACAGACACCCUUUUGCCAAACCAGGACUUCGUUAAAGGAAUGAAACUUGAAAGCAAUCUAAGCUCCAAUAACUUGAGCUAUUUUCUUGAAAUCAAGUCCAGUGAUAUGCUUCUUUAUGCGGGUUUCCAAACUCCACAACCUUACUGGUCUAUGGGAAAGGAGUCCCGAAAAAUCAUUAAUCAAGAUGGAGGGGAGUUAACUUCGGCUUCUCUUAUUAAUGGUUCAUGGAGGUUUUAUGAUCAGAACAAGGUGCUAUUGUCGCAAAUUGUUGUCUCAGAUAAUACUAAUACAAGUGACACUUGGGCUGCAGUUCUAGGAAAUGAUGGAUUAAUCUCUUUCUACAAUCUUCAAAAUGGAGGUUUGGAUGCUUCCCAAACAAUACCGAAGGACGCAUGCAGCACGCCUGAACCUUGUGGUGCGUAUUCUGUUUGUUCUCCUGGCAUAAAGUGCCAGUGCCCUCUAAAUCUUCCCUCUAGCUCAAAUUGUAACCCGGGAAUUGUCUCUCCAUGCAAUGGCUCAAAGGGUUCAAUGCAGCUAGUAAAUGCCGGUGAUGGGCUUAACUAUUUCGCUCUCGAGUUCAUUCCACCCUCUGCUCAAACUGAUUUAAGUAGUUGCAAAGCCGCUUGCGAUGGUAACUGCUCCUGCCUUGCUUUGUUCUAUCAGAACAGUUCAAGGAACUGUUAUAUGUUUGACAGGAUAGGUAGCUUGCAGAGCUCCACUGAUGGCGGCGGUUUUAUUUCAUUUGUUAAGGUUUUGAGUACUGGAGGUGAUGGGCAAAACACUGGAGGUGGAAACAGCAAGAAACAGUCCCCGUUUGUCAUCAUCAUCAUAGCUAUCUCCACGGUGUUCGUCAUUUUUGGUUUGAUUUAUGCAGGAGUUCGCUACUAUCGGAGGAAGAGGAGAGCACCAGAGUCUCCUAAAGAGUCUUCGGAAGAGGAUAAUUUCCUAGAGGGUUUAUCUGGUAUGCCAAUACGUUUCACUUACAGAGAUCUUCUUACUGCAACCAAUAAUUUCUCUGUGAAGCUUGGGCAAGGGGGUUUUGGCUCAGUUUAUCAAGGGGUUCUCCCGGAUGGAACUCGAGUGGCUGUGAAGAAAUUGGAAGGCAUUGGUCAGGGAAAGAAAGAAUUUCGAGCUGAAGUUAGCAUCAUUGGCAGCAUCCACCAUAUACACUUGGUCAGGCUUAAAGGCUUUUGUGCUGAAGGAACGCACCGGCUUCUUGCUUACGAGUACAUGGCAAACAAUUCUUUAGAUAAAUGGAUCUUCAAGAAGAACAAUGAAGAUUUCAUGCUGGAUUGGGAAACAAGAUUCAACAUAGCAUUGGGUACGGCUAAAGGAUUGGCAUAUCUCCAUGAGGAUUGUGAUGUGAAGAUUGUGCAUUGUGACAUAAAACCUGAAAAUGUACUGCUUGAUGAUAAAUACAUCGCCAAAGUCUCAGAUUUUGGUCUUGCAAAGCUAAUGACCCGCGAGCAGAGCCACGUGUUCACGACACUAAGGGGCACCAGAGGAUACCUUGCACCGGAAUGGAUCACGAGCUAUGCCAUAUCAGAGAAGAGCGAUGUUUAUAGUUAUGGCAUGGUCCUUCUUGAGAUCAUUGCAGGAAGAAAAAGCUACGAGCCCACAGAAAGUUCAGAGAAAUCCCAUUUCCCAUCCUAUGCUUAUAAGAUGCUGGAAGAAGGGAAAUUGAGAGACAUUCUUGAUUCGAAGCUGAAGAUAGAUGAAAAGGACGAGAGGGUUUCUAUUGCAGUUAAAGUCGCUUUGUGGUGUAUACAGGAUGAUAUGUACCUAAGACCGCCAAUGACAAGAGUUGUACAAAUGCUUGAAGGUAUCUGUGCUGUUCCUACGCCACCAACUUCUUCACAAAUGGGCUCGCGCCUUUAUUCCAAUUUCUUUAAAUCAAUAAGCGGGGAGGGCACUUCAUCCGGGCCAUCAGACUGCAACAGUGAUGCUUAUCUUUCUGCUGUGCGCCUUUCAGGGCCGAGAUAACGGUUGUUGAAGAACGAAGGUGGAAGGCUUUUCACUCAAAAUUAGGGCUAAUUUGGGCUUUUGUGGAUGAGACACUCACGUACACUGCGAUUUUCGUGCUUCGUAUGCCUGUAUAUUUGUUAGAUCAGUCAAAUUUUGUCAUACUAGCUAUUACAUUGCCUGCUCUAUACUGUAAAUGAAAAAUACUAGCUGGAAUGAAAUAAAAGCAUUAUCA